GGAGUGCUGGGUAGUCGCUCGCAGCCGUCAUGGCAGCGGAGGAGAAGGAUCCUCUGAGCUAUUUCGCGGCAUACGGGAGCAGCAGCUCAGGCUCCUCGGACGAAGAGGAUAACAUCGAGCCGGAGGAGACGAGUCGCAGAACCCCGGAUCCGGCGAAGUCGGCGGGCGGCUGUAGGAACAAGGCGGAGAAGCGGCUCCCGGGACCCGACGAGCUGUUUAGGAGCGUGACUCGCCCGGCUUUUCUCUACAAUCCGCUCAACAAGCAGAUAGACUGGGAGAGGCACGUCGUCAAGGCGCCUGAGGAGCCUCCAAAGGAAUUCAAAAUAUGGAAGUCAAAUUAUGUACCACCUCCUGAGACCUACACCACUGAGAAGAAGCCUCCGCCUCCAGAGCUUGACAUGGCAAUAAAAUGGUCUAACAUAUAUGAGGACAAUGGUGAUGAUGCUCCACAGAAUGCUAAGAAAGCUAGGCUUCUACCAGAAGGGGAGGAGACGUUGGAAUCAGAUGAUGAAAAAGAUGAGCAUACUUCUAAAAAGCGCAAAGUAGAGCCAGGAGAACCAGCAAAGAAGAAAAAGUAGAAACAAAUGACCAGAAUUUCUAUACUGCUAAACUUGUUGAAAUGUUUCUUUGGACAGAUUAAGUUGAUAUUGUGGGUUAUUAUGCCACAUAUCUAUGAAAGUGCAUACGUUAAUGAACUAAUAAGUAUUGCCUCAAGAACUUUCCACUAUAGAAUUUUUUAUUUAAAACAUGUAUGUAUUUAAAACUCAACUGGUGACUUGUGAUUGUGAAAUUGAUAACACUUGGAUGCAUUCUUGCUCUCACAGAAUUGGUGACAUGCUUUGAGAGUUUUGUCACAUGUUGACAUGCCAAUGUUCUAUAAACCUUUUAUAAAGGAAUAUAUUUUUAAAGUAAAUAUAUUGUAAUGUACUGUGAACUUGUAGGGUGCUUUUCAACAGUCUUUGUACAGUGUAAAUAGAUCAUGGAAAUAAAAUUACUUAUUCAAUAUUACUAUUACUGUAUAACAUUAACAUUUGAAUGUUUGUCUGUGACAGGUACCCUAUUUGUCUUGUGACAUUUUAAGUUGUAAUAAGAAGUAUUACCAUUUAAAGAGUGCCUCCUGUGUUCCAGGUGCUUUGUGCAUAUAUUUUCUCUGAUCCUUAAACAACCUAGCAAGGUAUUAUUAGUAUUCUCAUUUUAUAAUAAAGAGUGCUUGAGUAGCUUGUCUAAUGUUACACAGCUAGUGAGUGAUUCAUUUGGAAUUUAACUUGGGACACUUGAACUUCAAAAUCAUCACAUUAAACCACCUGUCCACCAGUCAAAAUUUAGUCAUCUUUCAAGAAUGACAUCAGUUGUCAUCUCUUCCAGGUACUUUUCUGUUGUCCCUGGAGAUCUGUUAGUGGAGAUCUUUUCCUCUCCCGAUUGUAUGACUGUACUUAUCAUCUAUGCUUUAUGGUUAUUCAUUAAUUUGUUUAUUAAAUUGUACGUUUACAGGACAUUCAGUUAAAUUUGAAUUUCAGAUAAAUAAUGUUUUAGUAUAUUUAAUAUUCAGGACAUAUACAAAAAAUUUAUCUGAAAUUCAAAUUUAACUGAACAUCUUUUAUCUGGUAACCCUACUUCUACGUGUUUUCUCUACCCAGCUUCUAUUUUAAUGCUCUGCAUAUAGUAAUAAUAAAAUGAACAAGAAGUAGUUGGGAAGAUGUGAUCUUUGAGUUACAAAAUGCAGUUAUUUGUAGCAUUUUGAACCAUAAAAAGGUUACACUCUGCAUCAAUCUUUCCAUGAAUCUCAAGCCCUUAAGAGAUAAGAAUUACAGAACAGUGCACAGUGUAUAAGAACAAGACAGCCAAGCAUGGUGGCUUAUGCUUGUAAUCCCAGCACUUUGGGAGGCUAAGGUGGGAGGAUAGCUUGAGGUCAAGAGUUGGAGACCAGCCUAGACAACAUGACAAGACCCCAUCUCUACAAAAAAUAAUUUAGAAAGAAAAAGACAUAAUCUGAGUUUUUUUUUUAAUCUGUUUUUCCCCAUUGUGGAAGAUAAAAUUUGAAUAAUUAUGCGAGAUUUGUUUACUUAGGCAUGUGUAUCAAGUAGAUUAAAAUUUAUAAAAGUCAUUAAGAGUGAUUGCACCAGCCAUGGUGCUUUGUGGAAUGAAGGUGCCUAACAGCAUGAUGGCUUCCAGUAUAUCUCAAGUUUAGAAAAAACAAUUCUAUAGCUGCCCAUUCUCUAGGUUUGCAAAUAUAUGAAUCCCAAAAUUGAAGUAAUUGCUAAAGGAAGAAUUUUUUUUUAAGAUUGUAGUCUUUGUAAUGAAUUUGGAAAUCUGUGGUAUCAUAUACUAAGGAGUGGCAUCAAGUGAUAAAGCAAGACCAUAGUAUGACAUGACACCAAACACAACCAAAUCAAGUUAUAUUUGUGAAGUGAUUCCCAAGCUCUGGAGAAAUCUAAAAUUUGGAUGCAUGUGUUGGUGGAGCAAAUAUCUCAGAAGUUACUGAAAUAUUGCAAGGUUCUUAAGUUAGCAUGAAAGCAAACUUUUUUCUCUCUUUCCUAGGAGAUGUGCAGAGUAUGUUUUAUGAGGAGGAAGACAGGACUUAGGAGGGAAGAGGCUAAAUAUUUUGGAGCAAGUCUGACUCAGCCAUUUGUAUCUCCUGGUUGGAAAAUGGACUGUCAUAUCACUCUACAUUCAUCAUCACAUUAGAGAAUAGAUUAUUUUCCCCUUUAGAUAUGUCCUGGGAACGUGUUUGCACAAGUGUCCAUGUGGGUACUGAGGUGAAGUUUGGUUGAGCUAGUGGAAAUCUAGUGGGGAAAAGUCUUAAAAAUCCAUAUGUGUAAGAAGUAUCUUUCCAAGUAUCUGACCAAGUAUCUUUCAUUUUAGAGAAUUGAGUCACUUGAUACUUCUGAUUGUUUCCUCUACUUUAAAGAAGUUAAGCUUGGGCAAUAUGUUGAGAUCCUGAUCUGGUUUGGCUGUGUUCCCAACCAAAUCUCACUUAAAUUGUAAUUCCCACAAUUCCCAUGUGUCAUGGGUGGUGACUGAAUUAUGGAGGUGGAUCUUUCCCUUGCUGUUCUUAUGAUAGUGAAUGAGUCUUAUGAGAUCUGAUGGUUUUAAAAACCAUCAGUGCAGGGAGUUGCCCUGCACAAGCUCUCUUUGCCUGCUGCCCUCCACAUAAGAUGUGUCUUGCUCCUCCUUGCCUUCUGCCAUGAUUGUGAGGCUUCCCUAGCCAUGUGGAACUGUAAGUCCAAUUAAACCUGUUUCUU